UUCUCCUCAUUUUUCUACUCUUUUGUGGGAAUGAGUUGCCAACCUUUUACUUCGGCUGAUACCUUUAUACCUCUGAAUUCUGAGUCUUCUGCAACUCUGCCUCUGAUAAUGCAUCACAGCGCUGCCGAGUGCCUACCAGUCUCCAACCACGCCACCAACGUGAUGUCCACAGCAACAGGACUUCAUUAUUCUGUUCCUUCCUGUCAUUAUGGAAACCAGUCAUCGACCUAUGGAGUGAUGGCAGGGAGCUUAGCCCCUUGUCUUUAUAAGUUUCCCGACCACACCUUGAGUCAUGGCUUUCCUCCCAUGCACCAGCCUCUCCUGGCAGAGGACCUCACAGCCGCUGAUUUCAAGCAGGAGCUCAGGCGGAAAAGCAAGUUGGCUGAAGAGCCAAUAGACAUGGAUUCUCCAGAAAUCCGAGAACUUGAAAAGUUUGCCAAUGAAUUUAAAGUGAGAAGAAUUAAGCUAGGAUACACCCAAACAAAUGUUGGGGAAGCCCUGGCAGCUGUGCAUGGCUCUGAAUUCAGUCAAACAACUAUCUGCCGAUUUGAAAACCUGCAGCUCAGCUUCAAAAAUGCAUGCAAACUAAAAGCAAUAUUAUCCAAAUGGCUGGAGGAAGCCGAGCAAGUAGGAGCUUUAUACAAUGAGAAAGUGGGUGCAAAUGAAAGAAAAAGGAAACGGAGAACAACUAUCAGUAUUGCUGCUAAAGACGCUCUGGAGAGACACUUUGGAGAACAAAAUAAACCUUCCUCUCAAGAGAUCUUGCGGAUGGCUGAAGAACUGAACUUGGAGAAGGAAGUAGUGAGGGUUUGGUUUUGCAACCGAAGGCAGAGAGAAAAACGGGUGAAAACAAGUCUGAAUCAGAGUUUAUUUACAAUUUCUAAGGAGCAUCUUGAAUGCAGAUAAGAUUUCCUAUUGUGUAAUAGCCAGUUUUUCUAUUUUUCAUUCCUCUCUCUUCUCCAGCCAAAAUAGAAAUUCCUUUUUUGGUUAGCUUCAAAAAAAUCAUAUCAGUAACUUUUGUAGAAGCUUUUCUUUUCUACUUUAAAAAUAAAUAUGACAAUUUAAAUUAUAUUGAUGAAUUAUUC